AGGGACAGAGAACCAGAACAACACGUGUAACGGUGUAGAUGCUGAACUGGAGCGUCGGUCUUAAACUUUUGAAAUACAAUCAGGUCUACAUAUUAGGAACUCAUGUCUUUUCUUGUAAGUAAACCAGAGCGAAUUAGGCGGUGGGUCUCGGAAAAGUUCAUUGUUGAGGGCUUGAGAGAUUUGGAGCUAUUCGGAGAGCAGCCUCCGGGUGACACUCGGAGAAAACUCCCCAGGCCUCUCCAGUUCAGAAUGGUGCCUUGGAUCCCGGUUGCUGUUACAUUUGGUUUCCCGCCGCAUCCACACCUGUGGGGCACCAGCAGAGUCAAAGUCUCCUUCCGCUGCUUGUCUUCAACCAAUGAGGCGAGCUCAGAAUCGAUAGCAGCCUUCUCAAAGCAGGAGAUCAUGAGUAGCUUUCUGCCAGAGGGAGGGUGUUACGAGCUACUCAGCGUGAUAGGCAAAGGAUUUGAGGACCUAAUGACAGUGAAUCUAGCAAGGUACAAGCCAACAGGAGAGUAUGUGACAGUACGAAGGAUUAAUUUAGAAGCUUGUUCCAACGAGGUGGUGACAUUCUUGCAGGGAGAGCUUCAUGUCUCCAGACUCUUCAGCCAUCCCAAUAUCCUGCCAUACCGAGCCACCUUCAUCGCAGACAAUGAGCUGUGGGUCGUCACAUCCUUCGUCGCGUAUGGCUCUGCCAAGGAUCUCAUCUGUACUCACUUCAUGGACGGCAUGAGUGAGCUGGCGAUAGCUUAUCUCCUGCAGGGGGUGCUCAAGGCCUUAGGCUACAUCCACCACAUGGGUUAUGUGCACAGGAGCGUCAAGGCCAGCCACAUCCUCGUCUCUGCUGACGGGAACGUCUACCUGUCAGGUCUACGCAGCAACCUGAGCAUGAUCAGCCACGGACAGCGGCAGCGUGUGGUCCACGACUUCCCCAAGCACAGCAUCAAGGUUCUGCCCUGGCUCAGCCCGGAAGUCCUCCAGCAGAAUCUGCAGGGUUACGAUGCCAAGUCUGACAUCUACAGUGUGGGGAUCACAGCCUGUGAACUGGCCAAUGGCCAUGUCCCCUUUAAGGACAUGCCUGCUACCCAGAUGCUGCUGGAGAAGCUGAACGGCACAGUGCCCUGCCUGCUGGACACCAGCACCAUCCCCGCUGAGGAACUGACCAUGAGCAGCCCCCGCACUACGGCCAACUCCGGCCUGAGUGACAGCCUGGCCACCGGCAACCCCCGGACCUCCAAUGGCGACUCUCCCUCCCACCCCUAUCACCGCACCUUCUCCCCCCACUUCCACCACUUUGUGGAGCAGUGUCUUCAGCGCAACCCCGACGUGAGACCGAGUGCCAGCACCCUUCUGAAUCAUUCGUUCUUCAAGCAGAUCAAGCGACAUGCCUCAGAGGCUUUGCCCGAGCUACUUCGCCCUGUCACCCCCAUCACCAGCUGCGAAGGGAGCCAGUCUCAGGACCACAGUGGAAUCUUCGGCCUAGUGACGGACUUGGAAGAGCUCGAGGUGGAUGACUGGGAGUUCUGAGCUUCGGCAGCACACGCGAGCGGACGCAGACUGGUGGCAAGGACGUUUUCUGCCAGAGUGUUGGCUGUUACUGACGGGAAGAGCCCGUGGAGAGGCUUUUCCCGUCCCCAGGCUUUUGAGACAGAAGGGAAGCUAGGAAAUUGACCUGCUGGUCCUGUGAGCUCUGUAGACCUUCAGGAGGGGUGGUGCCGCCUGGUCCUGGCAGCCGGGAGACCACGCCCCGGUUUAGCUCGUGACCCCCGGCGUGUGGUGUGCUCUCGUCUCGUCCCGCACUCGCUCUCCUACCCUCUCUGUCAGAAUCAGUAGGUGCACAGGGGCUGAGCAGCGAGAAACCUGCCCCAGACUUUGGGAGGGAAGGGUGUUUCUCCUUUCUUCGGGACUCCUCACCGGCUACCACGUGGUCCUGACACUUAAGACCUGCCCAUAGUCCUGCCAGCUAGUUCUUCGCCCACAAAGGGCCCGUCAGGCUCGCUGCUCCGCUGCUUUCUCUGCCAGCCUGAGGGCAAAUAAAACUUUGAGCAUCCAG